AUGAAUAACACUUCAGCCAUGGCCGAACAAGGCCAAGCAUCGCCAAUCACCCCAGCCCAUGCCAAUAGUACGCAGCAUGCCACAAGUAGCUCUGCUGCUCAAGUGCCAGGUGCUUCAUCAAGAGCCCAGUCGACAAACACUGGAAAUUCUUCCAGGACGUCGUCCCACUGGACAACACGACCAAAAUACCUGAGUGACGCUACUAAGGGCUGGCCGUUACUGGCUGCCAAACAAUCUGGCCUGUCAGGCCAGAUCAACGGAGGCAUCGUACGAAACUUCGAUUUCCUCUUUCAUCGAGUCCUCAUCGACGAGCAGACCAAAUUGUGUUCCAUGGGCGCGGACCUAUGGAAGAUGGACUUGGAAGACGAAGAUAAUAACUCUGAAAGGUUGCGAACGCUGUCGUUCGACAAGAAGCGUCUCCUCAGCCCGGACAUUCCAUGCCAUACCCACUUCCACUGCGCAGGCGACGAAAAGUUGACGCAGGACAACAGGAGGCGAUCUAGCAGCCUGGACUCCCCCAGCCGGAUGCGUUGCCAAUAUGUACACAAUGAGUCAAAGCAAGACCCCAAAGACGCCAUACUGGAGAGACUCCUCCCGAGGCUGAUAAGAUACGGGGAACUCGUGCUCCUCAUCAGCAAUCUGCGGAACCUGCACAAGGUCAGCAGCCGAGCGUCUCAAGACCUCCUCAAACAACUACACCUUGACGCACUGGAUGAAGAAGCCGUCCGAUUCCUACGCGAGGGUGAGGACGACUUCAUCUCGACGCGGACCAAACCCUUUUACGAGCCUCUCGAGUGGCUUUUGUACUACCGGAGAAACUCUUUCGUGGAGAGGCUAUGCUCUAGCGUCUUCAGGUUUAUCUUCAAGAUGCGGGGUGAGUCCGCGGCGGACCCGCAUAGCGACCAUAUCAACGCCAAAUGGCUGCAGCGUGUUUCCGAGGGUAUUUUGGCCUUGUUCAGUAUUGUGAUUCUCUGCUCGCCGGUAGCCAUAUUGUUACUCGCAUCGUUGUCGAAGGAGACGUCCCUGGCUGUCGUGGUCGGCUUUGGCUUCGCAUUUGUGAUUGUCAUGACAUCCAUGGGCGUCAAGUUCGACACCGUGCUGGUUGGCCUCAGUGCAUAUAUGGCUGUGCUAGUUACUUUCCUAGCCAAUCUACAGCAGUGCCAUGAUGGAUGA